CUCCGUUUAAUAAAUUAAUAAUAGUCAAGAAACGCAUGACGUCACCCACAGGCGCUCUACGAUUUGAUUGGCGGAAGGUUGCUGAGGUCACGGUUUAACUUCCGUGUCACAGAGCUAACAUGGCGGAUAAGGAGAAGAAAAAGAAGGAGAGUAUAUUUGACUUGUCAAAAUACAUCGACAAGCCGAUUCGGGUAAAGUUUCAAGGCGGACGAGAAGCCAGCGGUGUCCUGAAGGGGUUUGAUCCUCUGCUAAACCUAGUGUUGGACGGCACAAUCGAAUAUAUGCGAGAUCCAGAUGACCAGCUGAAGCUGACAGAAGACACCAGACAGCUGGGCUUGGUGGUCUGCAGAGGAACCUCCGUUGUGCUGAUCUGCCCUCAGGAUGGCAUGGAGGCUAUACCAAACCCGUUUAUACAGCAGCAGGACGGCUAACGCACCGUCUGUUGCUUUUUGGCUCGCAGACGCACACAAACAUGUACAUUCUUUGAACAUUUUUUUGAAGUUUUAUUCACAUCAGUAAUUAUGUAUACAACAUGGGCAAGUUUGUUUUUGAAAAACUUAAGUUGAUCAAAAGGACACUUCUCUGCACUUCAUUUGAUUUCUGUCUGUGGCGUGCAAACGUUUGAGUUGUAAAGAGUGUUGUACUGUUUUUGUUUUAGCCAGAAUAAGUCAACUUUUUACAGUUUUUGUUUUUGAUAAGAAAAUAAAAUGAAAAUUUACUA